AUGAAGAACUUCGAACAAAACAUCGACCUUAGUCAAAUCCUCAUAGCACUUCAACACUUUCAGCAAGAAAAUGCAACUCUCCAAAAGUCGAAUUUUGAUGUCUUCAUGGAGGAGUUUGAAGCAGUAUAUGGAGAUAGGGAGAAAGCCAGGACAUCAACAAACAAACUGCAACAAGUAAUCCGCUCAGCCACUGUGUAUGCCUCGGAAUUCAGGCAGCUGACCUGCGAUCUCACUUGGAGAGAAGCAACAUUGAUCAAUCAGUUCCAUUGUGGCCUUCUUGACGAUAUCCAAGAUCUUUUACUUACGCUUUCAGAUUCUUCAAUUCUUAUUGAAGCUAUCACACAUGCCAUUCAAUGCAACAACCUCCAAUUUAAAAGUUGUUUCAUGCAACCUAUCAAGAUCGUUCUUCAUCCGAACAUCAUACUUCAAAAAUCCGCGUUAGUAAACUCUAAGGACACUUCUCCAUUUAUCAAUCAAGCUUUUGUCAUCGGGUAUAAUAUUUGCACUAUCAAAAAGGUUGUUUCUACUCUGAUGGAAGUUAUCAAUGGACGGAGCGUUGCUUCAGGUGCAGUCACAAACGAGACAGCUCCCCUAGAAUUUCGUAUUGGUUCUCACUCAAAGCUAAUUUCCUUCAACAUCAAAUCUACAUCCUAUCAUCAUGUCAUAUUUGGUAUACCUUGGCUAGAGGUGCACAAUUUAAUCAUUGAUUGGCGUUCUCGAGAUCUUACUCUAAAGCACAACGGUGCCCAGUUUCUCACCCCAAUUUCUGAAAAACAUCGUGUCAAGUUUUGUUUGGAAUCCGAUUGUCACGCUUUUUGGUGGCCAACACCACUGCUUGUACUCCUUAGUCUUGUUUCGUCAAGUUUGCAAAUAAUGUGGUCUGGUAGCCAAAAGGGAUCAGAACCUGUCAAGCUUUUAGAGAAGUAUAAGAACUUUGCCGACAUCUUUGAGAAGAAGAAAGCCGACCAGCUCCCCGAUCAGCGCCCGUACGACUGCCUCAUUGAAUUGGAAGAAGAUACAACACCUCCUUUUGUGCCACUCUAUGGACUUUCAGAGCCCAAAAUUCAAGCUCUACGGGACUACAUGGCAAAAAUCUAG